CACACAUAGAAAACUCCUCCAGCUGACACGGGUUGCCUUGCCUGGGACCGUGUAGGAUGGAGCCGCGGCUCGGAGCGUUGCUGGCGGCCGGGGUUGUGCUGGGGCUGCUGGAAGGGAUCUCCGGCUUAGUGCCGCUGAGCGACUUCUACCCGUUCGGGCUGGAGCACGGGGACUCGGUCAAUGCCAAAGUGGAUGAUGGAGGCUCGGGGUUGGUGGAGAUCUCGCUCGGCUUCCCUUUCUUCGGGGAGAAGCAUUCCGGGCUUUACGUGAAUAACAAUGGGAUUAUAUCAUUCCUGAAAGAGGUUUCACAGUUCACUCCAGUGGCAUUUCCCAUCUCUAACGACCGACGGGUAGUGGCAGCAUUCUGGGCAGAUGUGGACAAUCGGCGAGCUGGCGAUGUCUUCUACAGGGAGACGAAAGACCCUGCCAUACUGCAGAGUACAACAGAAGAUAUCAGGAGGUACUUUCCGGAACUUGAGGAAUUCAACACCAAGUGGGCACUUGUGGCCACCUGGUACAAAGUGACAUUCUUUGGAGGAAGCACAUUCUCACCGGUGAACACUUUCCAGAUUGUCCUGGUCACAGAUGGAGAAUUAUCGUUCACCAUCUUCAACUAUGAAAAUAUCACCUGGACGACGGGGAUGCAUGCCAGCAGUGGAGGGGACUUCGCCGGUCUCGGUGGCAUUGCUGCCCAGGCAGGUUUCAACGCUGGAGAUGGGAAACGCUACUUCAACAUUCCCGGAUCACGCACGGACGACAUCGUGGACGUCGAGAUGACAACGAACGUUGGCGUUCCGGGACGUUGGGUAUUCCAGAUCCAUGACGCACAAGUGGAAGUUGGCGGCUGCAACAACACAGCUUCGGUGUGCUUGAACCUGCGACCGUGUCUCAAUGAUGGAAGAUGCAUUGACGAUUGCAUCACCGGAAACCCAUCUUACACGUGUUCAUGUCGUGCAGGAUUCACAGGCCGGAGGUGUCAGAUAGAUGUCGAUGAGUGCUCCUCAUAUCCCUGUCACAACAAUGGGACAUGCAGAGAUGGACAGAAUGCCUUCACCUGCCAGUGCCCUGCUGGGUUCACAGGACUGCUCUGCGAAACAGAUAUUGAUGACUGUGUAUCGAAUGAAUGCCAGAAUGGAGCCACAUGUAUCAAUGGGAUUGACAGCUACCACUGCGAGUGCUUGGUUGGGUUUAUUGGAAAACACUGCGAAAUUGUUACAUCUGACUCCUUAUGUAACACCAGAGAGUGUCUAAAUGGUGGUGUUUGUGACACAGAUAAUGGAACUGCGGUGUGUAUCUGUCAGAAGGGCUACACAGGGGAGAACUGUGAAAAUGAGACUAGCAACUGUGACUCCAACCCGUGUUUGAAUGGAGGAGAGUGCAUCGACCUGCUCAGUAAUUACACAUGUCUAUGCCCUCAAUCAUACACAGGAAAGCACUGUGAGACAGGUGGGCCCACAGUUGCCCCGAGUGUCUGUCAGCCAAACCCAUGUCAGAAUGGGGGAAAUUGCAAAGAGAAUGAUGAUGAUGAUGGUUACCUCUGUGACUGUCCUGAAGGAUUUACCGGCCGUGACUGUGAGAAUGAGGUGCUGCAGCCCUGCAAUGCCCACCAUCAGUGCCCGCAUGGAGCCUCCUGCACUGAAUACGGAGGGACCUAUCGUUGUAUCUGCCCACAAGGACCUAGUGGGAAAGAUUUGAUGCCAUCCCCCUGUGACUCCGACCCCUGUCAGAGAGGAGGAACUUGCAAUGAACAGGAUGGCUCCUAUACCUGUCAAUGUCCACCAGGCUUCAGUGGGCAACGCUGUGAAAAAGAAAGACUCCGCUCUUGUGCGUCCAAUCCAUGCCGGAAUGGUGGAACCUGUAAGGAGGCUCACGGAACUUACCAGUGUAUCUGUUUGUAUCGCUUCACUGGCAAGAACUGUGAAACUGGUAAACCAGAUCCGUGCUCGUCCAGCCCAUGCCAGAACGGGGGCACCUGCUUCCAUUAUAUUGGUAAAUACAAGUGUGAAUGCCCAAGAGGAUUCACCGGACGGCACUGUGACACAGAGGUGGACUGUGGGAUCCCCAGCGAGGUGAAACAUGCUGAGGUGCUCAUCUCUUCGACCAAGUAUGGCUCGGUCGCUCAGUACGUUUGUGAAGCGGGAUACGGAGUACAGCCGAGCCCAGGAGAAAGUACCUGUCGAUUGGAUGGAAGAUGGAGUGAAGCACCAACCUGCGAGGUUGUGAAUCCCUGUGUUCUUAAUCCCUGUGGUGCCCGUGGUUUCUGCCGCACGGUGAAUGAAUCAUACAUCUGCACUUGUAAAGUUGGAUACUCAGGAAAACACUGUGACGCAGAACUUGCCCCACCAGCAGCACUGAAGGUGGAAAGAUCAGAGGGUAAUGAGAUUGAAAUCUCGUGGCAAGCCCCAGGGAUCGACAGUGCACAGGAGCUGAUCGAUGGCUUUGCAGUAACCUACACAUCCUACGAUGGAAAAGUGCGCAAGACUGACUUUGUCAACAAAAGCAGAUCACGACAUCGGCUGAGGCCGCUGUCUCCGGGAAGACUUUACAACAUCUCCAUUUUCUCGGUCAAGCGCAAUGUCAAUCAGAAUGAUAUCAGCAAGCCUGCUGUACUUCUUGUGUGGACAAAACCUGGUCCCAUUGGAAACCUCUCUGUAGUGAAUACUACUGCCUCCAGCAUAUCCGUCACCUGGUCUUUACACAACCCAAAGCAAUCCAUUGUCAGCGCUAUCCAGCUCUCUCUGAAGUCCCCUGACUCAGCUGAAGAAACAACUGUUUUGCUGGGGUCUAACCUCACGCACUACACCUUUCGGGACCUUUCUCCGGGAGUAUUUUACACAGUGGAGGCCGUGCCACAGAUGAGCCUGGACACUCGGGAAAGCUUUUUGGAGGGUCUUGCGGCUCCACCCCUGCCUGUGUGGACACGGCCACUGCCUCCUCAGAACCUUGUGCUGGCUGGUGUCACAACAACAACAGCAAGGCUACGCUGGAAUAGCCCCCUGACUGGCCCAAGUAAUGGUUACAUUCUCAAUAGCACAACCCCCUGUGAAAUGAAAAGCCGCUACAUUCCCAAUGGAAAGUUAACGGCCUACACGCUCCGUGACCUUGCCGCUGGACGUAGGUACAACCUGGCACUAAUGGCAGUGCGGGACACCGAGAGGGGAAAGCUAUUAAGCGAUCCUGCCUACCUGACCAUCAGCACGUUGAGAAUUCAAAGUAACACAAGGCAAGGGGAAACACAAGGAGACUCAAAGGAGAAUUCCGAUCCUGAGGAUUGUGGCAUGUACAAUAAUCAGCUGCACAUCACAUUGCAGCCUGAUGAGAUGGAAACUGGCAAUGGAAGCUACGAGGACAAUUCCCAAAUCGUAAAAUACUCGGAGAUGCUGGACGGGAGAGGGAGAAUCAGUGCUACCUUUUCGAAUCUGCAGCAAAAUCCCAUAACUCUCCUGACACGCCCAGAGCCACCAAUCAAACUGGAAAACUUGGAAGAAUCGACAAAUCGUAUUAGUCUGGCCUUGGAGAUCCAAGAAUCUGAGACCAACACUAAACCAGAUGAUCAAUGGGAAUGUUCCUCAAACCCCUGUAAAAAUGGAGGUACUUGCGUGAAGGGGAUGGACUCAUACAUGUGUGAUUGUGAAACAGGAUUCAAGGGAAAACACUGUGAAUUAUUUUGUAAGAAGCUGCCUCACCCCUGCACACGCCUGUACUCUGAAACUAAAUCUGUUCCAGUGUGGGAGGACAGUGUUUUCCAGCUUAAGUAUAAAAGAAUUUAUAAAGUUCAUCAGGAUACCUGCUACAAAGAGGUUUGUGAGCCUGUUGUACACAGAAAACCCAGAAACAGAAGGUUGUUCAGACAUUAACUAAUUACUGGGCCUUCUAGCUGAUGCAAGCAAGGAGAUCAAAAAUCAGAAGACAACAGAAGAAUGGGUGCUAGUUAAUCAAAUCCACCACAAGUUAACACAUUGUAAAGACAAGGCCACCCAUUCUAGAGUCAGCCAUAAUGUCCUAAAGUCACUUUGUUCAAUUUGGGGAUGUCAGAGUCGGAAAAUAAAACCAGGACAGCUGAAAUUUGAUCAACACAUAACUAACUGAAGAAGAUUGCGCGUGUGUGGAAGGAAGUGAGGGGAGAGCAGAUGCACACACUCAUACUUGUCUUUGUGUUCAAACAGAGAGAGGAGAGUGAGUGAACAAAUGGGUGAGUGAAUGCCCGUGGUACAUGGGUGCAUUUGAGUGUGAAUCUGUCUGUGUAUUCACUUCUGUGUGUCUGCUGUGUGUAAGUUCUUCAAGCUGAGAGAUGUGACUGCUGGGAAUUUGGAUUGCGUUGUCGUAGUGGUAGAGUUGUGCAGAUUUCGAUCAGACAAGUGUGGCUCCAAUAUAUUGUGUAUAAUACAGAGCCCCUUAGACUGCCUGACAGCGUGCUUAAAACCCCUACCUCUCUUGCUGUACCAGUGUGGUAUUUCCAUUCAUGUUAAGCUUGUGCUAGUUAGAAUUAAAAUAUUACAACAGUUCUGCAGCAUGCACUUAUCACUUAUUUGCUGGCACCUGGGUUGAGAUUUCCCAGACUGUCAUCUUGUAAAAUUCAUGGCUGGGUGUUAAGAAAACCUUUAGAUCCUUCUCCCUCAGUUGGAUGACGCUAAUCACGUUUCAUCAGAGAGAGAAUACUUUAAUCCCAUCAGCAUGAGCUGCAUUUGAACCUUGGCCCUGAAUUGACAAUAGAGUACCAAAACAAAUAUGCUUGCUAGCCUACAUUAGAGAAAAGGAUUGCAUUGAACCAUGGACUUUUACAGCACAAAACGUGACCAUUCUGUCUGUGCCAACUCUUUGCUGGUACUCUCUAAAAAUAAUUCCACUGUCCACCUCCCAGAUAACCCUGCAUUGAAUGUUUAUCUUCCUUUUAAAAAUUGCUGCAGUCUUUCACAUGGCAUUAUUUUCCGUAGUUGUGACAGUUUUGUGUAAAUAAAGAUUCUCCUGGUCUCAUUUCCCACUCAAUUUGAGAUGGUUUUAAGUGGAUAGCAUCUUGUUGCUGACUCCCCAGCGAUCUUUCCCUGUCGACCAUCAAAACCAUUCAUAAUUGUAAGAACGUUGAUUAAAUCUCCUUUUUGAGGAAAGUGGAAGUAGUCUCAAGUGCUAGCGUUGAUGGUCGUUGCCUGUUUGACCACACUGCUGAAUCAUCUGUAUAGCAACACUUUUACAAUGGGACCAGAACCAGGCUUUCCGUUACUGUAUUUUUUUUUUCUGUCACUUCUCAUUAGCUUGCAGAGAUGAGUGACUGACUAUAUUCAGUGCGCUGGCUGUUGGAAACUGUUUGCCUGGAUGAGGGUCUGUAUGUUCCUGUGCCCCCUGGCCCAUGCAUACAGGACAAUGUAAGGGAAUGUUCAGAAUUUAUUUACAUUGGAAUUUUAUGUCUGACAGUCCCUGAGCCAUCACAGAAUAUAUGAUUCCGAAUAAUACCACAGGGCAUUGAAACUAGUGGAUAGAUUUUCUACUUUGUUCCCAGCGUAAGACUGGUAUGCAGUUUGACUUCCCAAUGUGGAAACUGCCUGAUUUUCAUUCCUGUUGAUCUCAAGAGACUGUGUUUUACUGUAUUUUAAUGUAGAUAACAGAGUCGGCAUGGUCACCAUUUGACACCUGUGCUUUACUGUCCAUUUCCCCCCCCCCUUUCACCUACUCCCUACAGUAUAAAGUGAUAUAUUACAAAUUUUGAACUCUCUAAUCUUCCAAACUCAUGACCUCUACAUUCUAGAAGGACAAGGGCAGCAGAUACAUAGGAAUGCCACCACCUGCAAAUUCCAAGCCACGCACCAUUCUUACUUGGAAAUAUACCAUCAUUCCUUCACAAGUCAAAAUCUCGGAACUGCCUCCCUAGCAGCACUGCAGGUGAAUCUAUAACAAAUGGCUGGCAACAGUUCAAGAAGGCGACUCACCAUCACCUUCUCUGGGGCAAUUAGGGAUUGCCACAUCUCAUGAACGAGUGAAAAAACUAUCAUUAUCACAAAGGCACUUUGAUAUACCACUCUUAAGGUAAUGAUAACAUAUUCAUCCAGGUCAGAGUCAGGGAUCACUCAAUGCAGCAUUACUUAUGAAGAGACUGUCAUCCUUUGUCACCCCUAGUGCUCAGAAGCCCCUUCUGUGAUGUGUAUCUGACAUUUGAGUGCAAAGUGAGCCAGAAUUCGUCGUCGUCAAUGUUGGAAUGUUGUGCUGGGUAGAGAUUUGCUUUCUUUGAAUGGGAUCAUUUGGGCUCUUGCCAUGUGAUGUAGAUUGCCAUUCUGGCACCUUGUGAUUUGCAAUGUACCUGCAUUUCACACACUCGGGCCAUUCACAAUCUCUCAGUGAAACCAGCGGUCCCAGUGAUAUGUCUGAGCUUGUUUCAAUGUUUCUUGAGAUUUUUCAUGACCACUUGCUUCACAGUGGCCCCAUUGCUGCUGAACUGCACUGAUCUUACAACAAUGGAAACUGAACUGGGGCAUCCUGUAGCUUGUAGAAGUAUUUACACUUAAAUUUUGUGGCCCAUCUUAUUUGCAUAUCCACUGAAGCAGUGAUGGAGCCUUACAGUCAUUACAGCACAGGAGUCCAUUUAGCCCGCUGAGUGCCUGCCUCUCUCUGUACACCAAUCCAGUCAUUCUCAUUCCAUCUGUGUAAACUAGGAGUAACCUGCUGGGGAGAAUAGGGUUGCUGGUUGUAGGAAUGAUGCUGGUUGAGGAUUGCAGCUGCAGUGAUGCUUGGCUCACUUGGAUGACUGGAAAAGGCUUGCUAACUAGAGUCCAGUGCCAUUUAACAUAUCAGGUGACUUUACAAGAAUAUGUAAAGCAGGAGAACCUGACAGAGGCAAUCAACAAGGGACAAGGGACAGAACAUAGAUCAGGAGGAAGGUGCUACAAUUCCUUAGAAUCCCAUCUGUAACACUUCCUCAAUGAAGGAGAACAGAGGGCCAACAAUGCAACGUAACCAUGGCAGCAAACCUCACCAAUCUCUCUUGCUAUAUAGAGUAAGGUGGUAGAGGCAUUGAAUGCCAACUUUCUCAUGCCCAGCUCUCCAAUACACCAUCGGUGUUCCAUUUCAAAGACAUGAUCAGAGUAGACAAGGAACCACACCUUUCAUUCUCACAUUCCCUGGGCAUAAGCAUGCUUCUCGCCCUCUUAAACUGUAAAAACGCUGCACAUGUAACUCUUCAGAGUACAUUCUCAGCAGACAUAUCUCCUGAGUCUACAGCUAUUAUUUGUGAUAUUGGAGAAUCUUUCUCUUCAGUGUAAUUUGCAACAGACCUGCCGCCACCAAU